AUGUCGCGCCCGACAGUCCCAAGCAAGCGUCCAGCAGACGCCCAGGAAGCAGCAUGGGUCGCGGACGAGGACCGCUUCGUACUACAGCAGGCAAAGAAGAAGGCAGCACUGCGCGCGAAAGGAGGACGUGCAACACCAAUCGAUUGGCUGGCUGUCACGCUCGCGGUCAUUGACCCGGAGAACAAUCCGUUAGACGAUGAGUUGGAGGACGCAGAUCUGGAGGUGAUAGAUCCUGAAGGUGUGUUUGAGGGCCUAGACGAUGGUGAGCUCGCGGAGUUGGAGAAGGGCAUCGACACAUACCUGGCUCUCGAAUCAAGCCGAAGCAACCGCGACUACUGGAUGAUGAUGAAGACGAUCUCCCAAGGACGGCAGAAACAGUCUCAGAGCGGCAAAUCGACUGCGCGUGGGGUCUCCUCCGUUGCCACCGAUCUGGACAAAUUACUCGGUCCCAAAACUCUCGAAGAGCUCGAGAAACUGGAGAAGCAGAUCAAGACGAAACUAUCAUCGAACGAGCCCAUCGAUACGGACUACUGGGAGCAUCUUCUUUCAAGUCUGCUGACUUACAAAGCGAGAGCGAAGCUAAGGAGAGUCACCCAGUCGAUCGUCACUGCUCGCAUGGAGGGCUUGCGCAAGCAGCAGGUUGGGGAGGCUCAAGCGCUACAGCUGAAGCUUGAAGCAGUAGGAUCUACCGAGCAUGCAAGUGCUGGCAACGGCAGUGCACCAAAGGCCACUGACGGUGAUGAAAGGCACGUGCUGGAUCCAGAGCCUCUCUUGCGCCUGCGCACUGACGAUAAGACGCUCAACUCAGUUGAUGCUGUGCAAUUCCAGCACCGCCUCACCGACGAUAGGCGGAAAGUUCUAGCCCGCGGCUACAUUGGAAAGCGGGUGAGAGGAGAUCACGAGCUUCAGCCUCCAGCCAAGCGAGCUCGAAUGGAUGGCGAUGAACUCACCGGUCAGAGUAGUGUGUCGCAGUAUGAUCGCGAAGUCGCUCGUGGACUGGGCGAGAACGAAGAGAUCUUUACCACCGAGGAAGCAGUGUCGACCAAGAACCUGUCUUCCUGGUCGCACCUCUACCGGCCGCGCAAACCUCGAUACUUCAACCGCAUGCUGAAAGGCUACGAGUGGAACAAGUACAAUCAAACCCACUACGAUCACGAGAACCCACCACCUCGGGUUGUGCAAGGCUACAAGUUCAACAUCUUCUAUCCGGACCUUGUGGAUAAGACGAAGGCACCGACCUAUCGCAUCGAACGAGAGCAUGGGAGACGGCGAGGGCAGACCUUCGCGCCAGCUGGAGAGGAUGAUACGUGCUUGAUCCGGUUCACCGCUGGACCACCUUAUGAGGACAUUUCUUUCCGCAUCGUCGACCGGGAGUGGGACUAUUCGGCAAAGCGAGAACGCGGCUUUCGGAGUAGUUUCGACAAGGGCAUCUUACAGCUGCAUUUUCAAUUCAAGAAGAUUUUCUACCGGAAGUAA